CAUCAGAGCUCAUACGUCUCUCGAGCAUUACCAUAAUCAAGGUCGUAGAGUCUGCUUGGGAAGCGUUCAGUGACGCCUGAGCUCCUGAUGAUCGGCAGGCCAUAGCCAUCGGAAACUCGCCAGGAUGCAUCCGGACCCUACCAAGAUCAGCAAUAACCCGUAUCCUGUCAACCCCGCUGGAUUCCUUAUCGGCUCGUUCUUUGGCGCGAUCCUCUUUGGCGUGCAUGCCUCGCAGGUCUAUCGAUAUUACUCGACGUACAGCGGGGACUCGCUACGCUACAAAUGCCUCGUAGGGUGGAUCUUCCUGCUCGGGACGCUACAAGUCUUGAUCCUCGUAGUCAGCUCGUGGAAGUACUACGUGGAUGGGAUCUGGAAUCCAGAAGUUUGGGGAACGUUCUGGUGGCCCCUGAGCUUUCAGGAUGGGCUCAUACCUCUGAUGGGAUUCACUUGUCAGCUGUACAUGGGAAGACGUGCAUGGGUACUGUUUGGUCGUAAACGGUGGUUCGGAAUCUUGAUGGUGGUCCUUCCGAUAAUCACCUUGUUGGCGGGGAUCGCUCUCGCUAUUACUGCCUACCUUUGGGCCCAUCGUCCAUUCGUCUCGCUCGAAGAGUUUAGAGGCCGUGUCAUCGGCGUCCCCUCCCAGGUCGUCGCUAUCCUAUGGAUGGGACUCUCCGCUAUCACAGACGGGAUCGUCACCGCCUCGCUCUUGAUCUACUUCUGCCGGGUCCAAUUACAGGCAAGAGGAUCCGGUCGGAAAAGGAUCGUACAACGCCUAGUCGCUCUCACCUUGGAGACGGUGCUCUUGACACACGCAUGUGCUGCGGUGAUGUGCGUCCUCUUCCUCGCCAGUCCGGCUCAUAGGCGAACGGAAUCGGCGUCAUUUUGGGUGUUCUUGGGGACCAUAACAGAGCUGUAUGCCUUGUCUCUGCUGUUCACGAUCAACUCGAGAUCGUCCUCCGGGAUCAAGGACACGCCAGGCCAACCUAGGAGACAGGAAGAAAGACCAGGACCGAGCGGUCUGACCCGAUUCGAUCCGGCCGACACUUCGGCCUGGGACAAGGCCGUUGAAGGUCCAGGGCGGGACCAUCUUCCGGUCAUGACGUACGAUACGAGUUCGUCCGACCCUUCCUCUGGCACGGACGAUACGCUUGAACACAAACACGCCAGUUACGGAUCGGGUUCUUCCCGGACGAAGUGCAAUAGCGAGCGGAUGAUGGAGGAAGGCCAAGGGGGUACGCGGUUGGAUAUCGUCGAAUUCCUUCAAGGGUCGAAUUGGGAGGACGAAGAGGAUUCGCGGCGGCUUCGCAUGAGCAGGAAGCCGGAUAUAUGAAUGUACAUUGUACGAGUCAGUUGUAAGGAUUAAACAUAGAUGACAGAAUAUAC